UUUGGCUACUGUGGACGUUUAAGCUUUGGCUUCUUUAUUACGUGCUUAGCAAGCUGGCGGCUGACCCACCUGGAUGAUUUCUCUUUUCUCCUCCAGCACGCGAUGAACGUGAUCGGGAUCUUCGCGGAGGAGCAGAUGCUGGUGCUGCAGAUAGUGGCGGGCGUCCUCCACCUGGGGAACAUCAGCUUCAAGGAAGUUGGCAAUUACGCGGCCGUGGAGAGUGAGGAGUUUUUGGCUUUUCCUGCAUAUCUUCUGGGGAUAAACCAGGACAGGUUGAAAGAAAAGCUCACAAGCCGGCAGAUGGAUAGCAAGUGGGGAGGCAAGUCGGAGUCCAUCCACGUGACGCUCAACGUGGAGCAGGCCUGUUACACCAGGGACGCCCUCGCCAAGGCUCUGCAUGCCCGAGUCUUUGACUUCUUGGUAGAUUCCAUCAACAAAGCAAUGGAGAAGGACCAUGAAGAAUACAACAUUGGUGUCCUGGACAUCUAUGGCUUUGAAAUAUUCCAGAAAAAUGGCUUUGAACAGUUCUGUAUCAAUUUUGUCAAUGAAAAAUUACAGCAGAUUUUUAUUGAGCUGACAUUAAAGGCAGAACAGGAAGAAUAUGUUCAAGAGGGAAUAAGAUGGACACCCAUUGAGUACUUUAAUAACAAAAUCGUAUGUGACCUCAUAGAGAACAAAGUUAACCCUCCUGGGAUCAUGAGCAUCCUGGAUGACGUGUGCGCCACGAUGCACGCAGUAGGGGAGGGGGCAGAUCAGACGCUCCUGCAGAAACUUCAGAUGCAGAUUGGGAAUCACGAGCACUUCAACAGCUGGAACCAAGGCUUCAUUAUUCACCAUUAUGCUGGAAAGGUAUCCUAUGACAUGGAUGGCUUUUGUGAAAGGAACCGUGAUGUGCUUUUUAUGGAUCUGAUCGAGCUUAUGCAGAGCAGUGAGCUACCUUUUAUAAAGUCCUUAUUUCCAGAAAAUCUGCAAGCUGACAAGAAGGGACGCCCAACUACUGCCGGAAGCAAAAUAAAGAAACAAGCCAACGACCUUGUGAGCACCCUGAUGAAAUGUACACCUCACUACAUCCGCUGCAUAAAACCAAAUGAAACCAAGAAGCCCAGAGACUGGGAGGAAAGCAGGUAUGUUGGCUCACAUUUGCCUUCUCUACGUUCACAGCUAUUCCUUCUAGAAGAAAUGAGAGAGAGAAAGUAUGAUGGGUAUGCUCGAGUGAUACAGAAAUCAUGGAGGAAAUUUGUGGCCCGGAAGAAAUACGUCCAAAUGAGAGAAGAAGCCUCAGACCUCCUGUUGAACAAGAAGGAGAGAAGGAGAAACAGUAUUAACAGGAACUUCAUCGGGGAUUACAUCGGGAUGGACGAGCACCCGGAACUCCAGCAGUUUGUGGGGAAGAGGGAGAAGAUCGAUUUUGCAGACACAGUGACCAAGUACGACAGGAGGUUCAAGGGUGUAAAGCGAGACUUGCUUCUUACUCCUAAGUGCUUGUACUUAAUUGGACGAGAGAAGGUCAAACAGGGCCCAGACAAAGGCCUGGUGAAGGAAGUGCUGAAGCGGAGAAUCGAGAUGGAGAGAAUCUUGUCCGUGUCCCUCAGUACUAUGCAGGAUGACAUUUUCAUUCUUCAUGAGCAAGAGUAUGACAGUUUGCUUGAGUCCGUCUUCAAAACUGAAUUCUUGAGCCUCUUAGCAAAGCGUUAUGAGGAAAAAACCCAGAAGCAACUACCUCUGAAAUUUAGCAAUACGCUUGAACUCAAGUUGAAAAAGGAGAAUUGGGGUCCCUGGAGUGCAGGGGGCUCCCGGCAAGUGCAGUUCCACCAAGGCUUCGGUGACCUGGCCAUCCUCAAGCCCAGUAACAAAGUGCUGCAGGUCAGCAUCGGACCCGGGCUGCCCAAGAACUCCCGUCCCACCAGAAGGAACACAACUCAAACCAGAAGUUACUCCGGGGGGACGCACAACGCCAACUACCCGAUGAGAGCUGCCCCUCCCCCUCCAGGAUACCAUCAGAAUGGAGUCCUCAAAAACCAGUUUCUGCCACAUCCCCAUGCUGCUGGCAGCCAGAGGUUAAAUCAGAAAAGUCUGUACACUUCCAUGGCCCGCCCACCCUUGCCACGACAACAGUCCACUGGCUCAGACCGAGUGUCCCAGACGCCGGAGAGCUUGGAUUUCCUUAAGGUCCCAGACCAGGGUGCUGCCGGUGUCCGGAGGCAAACGAGCAGCCGGCCUCCCCCAGCCGGGGGCAGACCUAAGCCCCAGCCCAAGCCUAAGCCUCAGGUGCCACAGUGCAAGGCUCUCUAUGCCUAUGAUGCUCAGGACACAGAUGAACUCAGCUUCAAUGCCAAUGACAUUAUCGACAUUAUCAAAGAAGGUAAGUGCAUGGCUGGCUGGCUGGCUGGCUGGGACAGCCUCCUAAAGAACAUUCAGUCACAGUGCUAUAAAAACUAGUUUAAACAUGAAGGGAAUUUAUAGGCUGCUCUAACUGAAACUUGUAGCAGGAAUCUAGACUUCAGGCUCAGUUUGAUCAAGGCUCCAAUUUUUUUUUAUUUAUCAUUAUUUUUUUUAAUACUUCUUCAGCUCUGCCUUCUUUGUAUUUGCUACCUUCUUGGCUGUUUUCCCUCCUGGCAGCAAAGUGGCUGCCUCAGUUCCAGCAAACAGAUCGAACUAGGUCUGAAAUCUUUCUCUCUCAAACUUCUCUUAGCCAUUGGACAAAAGUCCUAGGUUUCACUCUGAUUAGACCAAAUUGGUCGUGUGUCCAUCCCUGAAUCUCUGUAGCAAGACUAGGGCUGUACCUAUAGUAGGUUAGGCAUGGCAGGGACUUCUGUAGGAAACGGGAGUUAGGACUAUCCCACCCAAACUUGAUGGCCUCCUCAUACGGAAGGUAGAUGGAAGUCAGGGAGGCAACCUGUAACAUCUCUUAUAAAAGUAGUCUGUGGGCUUGGCUGAAUGCUUUAUUAAUUUGGUAGAGAAGAUAAGUUAGAAUAUAAUAUACAUAUGACCAAACAUUAGUGCUUAUGGAAGUAUU